GUCAUCAUCCCCAGUGUACGGAAGAAAACCGAGACCGGCCGCUGUUGCUGUGUCGACAGUGUGACCUUGACAUUCAUAAAAAGCCAGAGUUUGCAGGUCAUCUUGUUCUUGAUGCUCCCAAAAGACGUAAACCCAUUUUAUCCCACAUCUCAUCCCCCGAGUCUGGUAACCAUAGCAACAGUGAGGCUGGGGAGGAGUCUGAGGGGGAGGAGGAUACUGUAGAUGGUAUCUACAUCAAGAACAGUGAGAAGGGGAAAAGAUCAAGAUCCCCCGGUGAUAUUGAAAGGAGGUUAAAAAGGAAAAAGGCAGUGAAGAAAAAGAGUAUAGUGAAAAAUGAGGGCUUCAUCCGACACAGCCAGAGUCUAGACUCGGGGCUGAACAUGGCCAAUUCCCCAGACCAUGAUUCUGAUAGUCGGGAUGCAAGUGAAGGACUGAAAGAGGACGGGGUACUAGAGGACGUCACUGGCGACCCCGGCCUCCCCCCUUCAGGGAGAGUUCCGCUCAGGCAACAGUCUAGGUUGCCCUCCGUAGACGACCACUUCACGUUAAGGUUUGCAGACAACAUUGAUGGUGAGGAUGUAGAGGUGGUGGCCGCUGUCAAGAACGUCACUCUGCAAGAUACUCUCCAUCCCAUCCUAGAGCGUCGGAACCUGGAUUGUUCCAAAGUGGACGUAUUCGUAGCCGACUCCAAGACGCCGCUCCCCAUCAACUGCGAUACAUUCAACCUGGCUGGAAGCACUUUGCACAUUAAAUCUUCCGAUCGCAAAAAAGAAGGAGAUUCUGCUGUAAGUCGGAGUGCAUCAAGUAGUCGUCCGUCAAGUGCUUCCAAAUCCACCUCAACAAAAGGAACUAAGUCCGCCGGGAAGAACGCACGACGAGAAUCGGUCACACAAGUCCCCGUUCUGCUUGAGCCCCCACCGGUAAAACAACGUCGGGGCUCGCUACAGUUCUUCAGUAUAUCAAAGAAUGAAAACUCAUCGGGCAAAUCUGGGGAUGGUUUGAAAGUCUAUGAUGACUCCUUUGGAAGCUUACGAUCUCGUCGAGGAAACAUCAACCUGUCCAUUGAUGAGACAUUCUCCGUCCCCUCUACCAGCCCACAAGGAACUCUUACAUUCAGUGAGGGAAGAAAACUCAGCAAAACGCCAAACAAGCUUGCCAACCUCUUCGCUCCACUCAAUAAGGAUCGAGAAAAACUUGAGCAACUAAAUGAGAUUCUCAGCAACUACAGCCAAAAUGGCCUACCGCCUCCACCUCCUCUUCUGGAACUGGGCAAGGAGCCAAUCAAAGAGGAGACCUAUGUCCUUGAGAGCCACUGGAGCGCCAUCGUGGACCAUGCAUCGCAGUUGUCUAAAAGACAACAUGACCAGCAGGAAGCUAUCUGGGAGCUCCUACAGACGGAGCUGUCUUACAUCUCACAGAUCCGGGUUAUAACAGAGGUCUUCCAAGCUUGCCUUCUCAAUGUCCAGAGUGACUCUCUUCUUAAUGAGAUCGAGACAGAGAAAAUGUUCAACAACAUCGACGCCCUCCUGGCCGCCAACCGGCAGCUGUGGGAACAGCAUCUCCUGAAGGUCCUGGAGGAGUCACGGCGGACCCGACAGCCCUUGAACCCAGCCCUUCUCAAACCUGGCUUCACCAAGGAGUUCAGCAAGUUGCUACAGCCGUACACCCAGUACUGUAUGGAGCAGAAGGCCUGUGUCGACUACAUGAAGGCCAAGCACAACGAAAAUGACCUCUUUAAAGUUUUUGUCAUGUGGGCGGAGGCACAGAAGAAAUGUAACCGACUGAAGCUGACCGACCUGCUGGUCAAGCCCAUGCAGAGGCUGACCAAGUACUCCUUGCUACUCCAGGCCAUCCUUCGGAAGACCGAAAACGAGCGACAGAGGAGGGAUCUGCUUGAGAUGAUUGGCAAGGUGGACGAGUUUGUGACUCACGUCAACACAAGUAUGAGGGACCAGGUGGACAAAGAGAGGAUGGAAGCCAUUGUGACCAAGAUUGAACCCUAUGAUGCAGUGGAAGCUCCUAAUGAUGAAUGUGUGAAGUUGGUGCAGAGCUAUAACUCCAACUUUGACCUGCGAUCUCCAAUGCCAGGCUUUAGCGCACAGCACAGUCGAGCAUUGUUGAUGCACUCCGCCCUCAAGAUGAAGGAGGCUCAGGCUAGGAUGGACGUGGACUGUUUUCUGUUCACCGAUCUACUGUUAGUGUGUAAGGCUAACAAACGGAUGGACAAGUUCAAGAUCACCAAGCCGCCCAUGAGACUAGAUCGCAUUAUUGUACAGGAUCUGAAGGACAAAGGGAGUUUCCUGCUCAUCUAUCUGAAUGAGUACCACACCCCCAUCUCAGCCUUCACCUUCCAUGGAGAUCAGACAGGGGUCAAGGUCUGGUUGGACCACAUCAAACGAGCUCAGGAAAAGUAUUCUGAGACACUUAUGAAGGAUCAGCAGUCUGCCGUAUCCAAGGUCGGCCAGGUCAAAGAGGAGGUCAGUUACACACCUCUCAGCCCUCUCCCAAAACCCGAUCUCAUCUCAAUGGAGCGCAGCGGCAGUAUAGAGUCUGCCGAGGGCAAAUUUGUCCCCAACCUCACCACACAAAACUAUGCAUCACCAUCAUCGCCAAAGAAGCCAAAUGGUAUCUCACCACACGUCAGCUUACAGGACGUCGGAAGGGCAGGGUCUCUGGGUACGAUUGUUAACCACACUAGUCCAAAGUCAAGCGAGUUAGCCACGUCCUCCUCCCCGACACAUCGCCAGUCACAAAGAAGAAGCACAGGCCGGUGUCGUCUUGUCUCUCCGUGCCCAACAUCAUGGAUGGGCACCAAGACCUACAGACUUCUCCCUCACUUAACUCUCUUACGCGGGACGAUUCAAAUCUCGACGAUCUUAAGGAAGAAGACAGCAAAGAGAAACGGAAUGCUCGAAGGGUUUCGAGAAACGAGAGAAACGUUACUACACAGUAGAUUCUGUUCAGGAGCUUCAGAAGAACAAAGAUCGGGAUAAUAGUAUACAUAAAAGACUUUCCUGGAACUUAGGGUCGAAGGAACUAGGGUGUAAAGACUUGCGUCUGGAAGAGCGGAUCCUUCACGAUCAGCUCCACACG